AUUCGUCUCUUCGCACGCAACAGAUUCCGCGUUCCGAGCCAGCCAAGCUAAGCCCUUCUAAGUUCGAGAGCCCGCUCCCCUUUGUCCAGCAGCGACCACGGUGUCAGGAUGCCCGUCAUCAUGGUGGGCCCGGUCGACAGGUCGGACUACUCGGAUUCGCACAGCGAGAGCCCGACGGACUCCGAUUAUCCCUCACCCAAAGCUCGAGCUCCGGCGCAGCGACCGCCGCCAUCAUACUUCAUCAUGCUUCAGAAGCAGAUAGCAGUCUGGGCUCCCGGAACGCCUCAUGGCAGCGUCGCUUGCAGCGCGGUGCCGACAGACUUCGGAGCGCCAUCGCCGGUGUACAUGUGGACGUGCCAGGGGCCACGGCCCGAGUCGCUGCAAGAGCCUGCCGUUCAACGCAACGAGGCGGCUUUAGUGAAGAGCAAUUGGCACAAGCCAGGGCCGGAAGCCGGACCCGUCGUCGAAUUUGUUGUCUUCGUCGUCGUCGUCGUCGUCAUCGUCGUGGUCGUCGUGGCCCGCGACGACCAGCACCACGUAGCAGACGUCAGCGUCGACAGGCUGGGAGGUGCCCCGCGAACCGCUGCUACGCAACGUCGGCGGCUUGACGGCGCAGAGGCGGUACACAGUCCUGACGACGACCGCACGCACGCAUCGAAUGGCGCUGCUGACACGGCGGGCUCGUCGACAUCGGAGGCACCGGCGGCGACGGCGGUAGCUACCAGUUCCGUGGUUGCUUCCAAUGCAGGAAAUACCGAGUGCGAAGACACGACCUGUCAAAGGUUGCAAGUGUUGUCUGACGGACCAGUCACGAUACUUCUAAGGUUAUACAGCAUGCGAACUACGCUAAGCUGGAUAGUUCUACUUCUGCUCGAAGGCAUAACAUGUGAGAGCACUGAGCCAACGCCGGCAAAAGACUUCCAAUCUCUUUUUCUGACACCAUACAUCGAGGCAUGCAAUUACAGUGCCGCAAAAGCUGCGAGUGAAGUAAAGCUUUUUCAGAAGCUGGCCAAUGUGACAGCUUACUCGGGAUUCAUCACUGUCAACGAAACAUACAACAGCAAUCUCUUCUUCCUCUUUGUAUUGGCUGAGGGAAACAAGACUGAUGCACCAGUGUUGCUGUGGACUCAGGGGGGCCCAGGAUUGUCAGCGCUAUUCGGUGAAUUCCUGCAAAACGGCCCGAUUGCCUUUGAUCUAAGGACAAACUUUUCAAGAAGGACUAACACGCUGCAAAGGUUUAUGAACAUUAUUUACCUCGACUUACCAGUCGGGGCUGGCUUCAGUUUCACGCAGAACGCAAGUGGCUACUCGAAAAGCCUAGAUGACAUAACUGACGACGCCAUGGAAUUUCUCAGGCAGUUUUUCCUCCUAUUUUUUGAAUAUAAAAGUCGGGACUUCUACGUUGCCGGGGAGUCAUAUGCAGCUAGGUACUCUGUUUCUAUUGCUGACAGACUGCUAAAGAGAGAAGAUGAGUCACCUUCCUUGAAAGGAGUGAUUGGCGGUAACGGAUUUCUUGGUCCGAUACUUGAUAUAGCCGACUCCAGCCAAUUUAUGUACCAAUUAUCGAUGGUCGACGAAAGCGGACGUGAUGCAUUUUCAGCGCGGUUUAUGUAUAUGAAAGCCAUGGCAGCAAAUCAGACGCUUGCACGUGCGGUGCCACUUUUGCUAAGCCAAACUCUAUUCACUAAUAGCCCCCCUACCUUGUUCCAAAACUUGACCUUAUACAAUGAUUACUUGAGUCCUCUAUACACUGAGAGGGAUAUAGCUAUGACAGUCUGCUUGACGCUUUUAAAUAUGUCACAAGUUAAGCACGAAUUCCAUGUUGGUGACAAUAUCCCUUUUGAGUACUACAACCUACCACUCCUAUAUAGCCUUGCUCCAGACUAUCUUCACAAUAUUGAUCUCCUCGUCACAAAUGUUCUAAACAAAACUAAGGUACUGCUUUACACCGGACAAUUGGACCCACUUUUCCCAUCGGUGAACCAGCGGGCCUAUCUAUCAAAGCUGCAGGUGGACAGAAUCUGACGAGUAUAACAAAUCCCAACGUUCUCCUUGGAGGCCAUCUACUUGGAAUGAUUACCAAGGGUACGCCGGCUUCUUGAAAAAAACGACCAACUUCACCGACGCCCUCAUUCUGGGGAUGAGUCACUACGGCGCUGCGGAAAAACCGGAUGAAAUAUAUCACUUGAUGAAGGAGUUCAUCACGAACAUCUCUGCCGUGGCCGUUACAACUCCUUAGAUGAAUUAAAAUGUAUAAAGAUUUUUAAUUAAGACGGAAUAAAUAAAUGUAGUUCCUUAAAGAUUACCGAUAGUGCUAUUUUCUAAUAAAGUAAG